AUGAGCAUCCAGAAUCUCGCAAACCCAGCGGAUCCGUUUGACGCGGACAACGACGAUUUCGAGCAAACUGAUAGCACCAAGGAGAAUUAUAUCCAUAUCCGCAUCCAGCAGCGGAAUGGACGCAAGACGCUGACAACGCUUCAGGGUCUUUCCCCAGAGUAUGACUACAAGAAGAUCCUCAAAGAGUUUAAGAAGCAAUUUGCAUGCAACGGGACGCUGAUUGAGGACGAGGAUAUGGGGACUGUGAUCCAACUGCAAGGAGACCAGCGAGCAAAGAUUCUCAAGUUCUUGACGGAGCAAGGCAUCCACAGAGAUACGAUCAAGCUGCACGGCUUCUAA